UCGCCGCUGGAAAGAUAUGUCUGUUUUGGCAAAAUCAGCUGCGCACAGAGAAAACUCGACCCGUAUUCGGGACCCCUGGACGCAAAAAUCCGUUUUCCCCGAAACUGGCCGCCGGUUUCAGUGAGAGAGGCGUGGCCCACAUCCUGCGGCCGAUGUUCACUCACUUUUGACAUCUCCAAUAGCGGCUGCCGGUCCAAAAGGAUAGCCAUAAUAAAGAAUUUGCUGUUGCCUCCAGUCAGGGUGCAAAGAUGUUUUCCAGGAGAGGAUCGUCGUCGUGCAAACUGCCCUUUCCCAGCUGCUUGGGCUACACUGCCGAUACUGACGAGUUGUUUGAAGCACACUCGGACAGAAUGGCCAGGGAACCAGUCGUGCUUAAUGUCUACGACAUGUACUGGACCAACGAAUACACAACAAAUUUGGGCCUCGGCGUCUACCACUCGGGGGUGGAGAUCUAUGGCACAGAAUUUGCUUAUGGAGGCCACCCGUUCCCUUUCUCCGGAGUGUUUGAGAUCGCGCCCAAAGACGCUGAUGAGCUGGGAGAACAGUUUAGAUUCAGGCAAAGCAUACAGUUAGGAUUCACAGAUUUCACAGACGAAGACGUGAAACGGAUAGUGGUUGAGAUGGGAAAGGACUUCCGUGGUGAUCGGUACCACCUCAUGAGCAAAAAUUGCAACCACUUCUCUGGAAACCUUGUUCAAAUUCUCUGCGGAGAGACAAUUCCCAGUUGGGUGAACCGCCUUGCCUACUUCAGCUCCUGCGUGCCCUUCCUGCAGCGCUGCCUGCCGCGAGAGUGGCUGACUCCGAUGGCGCUGCAGCAGUCGCUGACCUCGCACCCGCAGGGCGAGUCGUCCAAUGUGACGCCGCCCUCGUCCAACCACAGCAGUAGACACUUCUGAUUAUGCUGCUGCCUGACAAACAAAACUCGAGUCAAGACUGUUCUUCAAUUUAAAUUAAUCUGUUGAAAUUCGCAACAAUUUUUUAAUUUUUCGGCAUUUAUUUCACGGAACCAAAACAAACUGCCGCUUUUUGUGCGAUUCAGUUAGUUUUCAAUAACUCUCGCCAUUUUCGUGUCUAUGAAUAUUGAUGAAUUAACUCUCAACGACUUUCAAAAACCCCAGAAACGUCGUGUGUUUCUUGUUGUCAACAAAUUUUUAAACACUUGUCGAUGUCGUAACAAAAAUUGUAUGGAUUAUUGGACAAUUGCGCAUAAUAUCAACAAGUGUAUUUUUAAAUGUCACAAUAUUAUACGUGAUGUAUUUGCGCGUCGGAUAUUGUAAAAAUGAUGUUUAUAAUAGAUCUUGUUAUAUACGAUCAAAUAGGAUAAUCCCAAACACGGACUUGGAUUCGGAGGAUAGUCUUCCGUUGCAGUCUAAAAAUGAACAGCUAUCGCUUUACUUACAAAACUCUUUUGCAAUUUGCAUCCUCUGGCAGCACAAAUUUUGUUUCGUCUUCUGCAAUAUGAACGAACAUUAAUGAAACUUUGUGUUGAACUGUGAACUGCAAAGGUAAUAAAAUACAUUUAAAGGAUUUCCGCAUCUAAUGCAAAAACUAUUAGCCAUAUUAUCACUCAAAUUUUAGUUGCUUGUCGAUUCAGUAAAUUCAUCGCUUUUCUCCUAUGUUUUGCUCCUUUUUUUAAUGUAAACCGUCCUCGUAUUAGUUAAAAUCAACACACAAAUUAAGCACGAAUGUUGAAAAUUUACAGAGUACUAAAUUGUGCGUAGAAUUAUUACACGCAAUAAAGGAACUAUGCCAUUAUA